AUGGGGAGGGCGCAGGUCGAAGAUAAUGACUGGUAUGGAGUGCAAGACCCUCGCAAGCGCAAGCAGAUCCAAGACAGACUGGCACAGAGGGCGCGACGGAAACGUCUAGCAGACUCGAAGAUCCCCAAUGAGGGUACUUCAGUUACGAGAGACACGGCGAGUACUUCGCCAGAAUCCGGCAGCAACGACCGUGACAAGAAUGAAGAGUCGCUGCGUCCACUCACUCUUUCGAUACCUCGCAGUCCUAGCUCAUAUCCGGCUUUCGUUUCUCCAUCGGCUAAACCAGAUACCUGCAUGCCAGUGUACCUGAAUGGCUCCGUCUUCACGGCGUUGUUUCAGAAUGGUGCAAUGAUGGGUCUCUUAUGCUCAAGCACUUUUGCACACAAGUCAACGCCCUUUGGGUCUGAAAUACCUACAACCAUACGCCCUACCACACUCCAAAUCACCAGAGUCCAUCCUUCAUGGAUUGACCGCUUUCCUUUCCCAAAGAUGAGAGAUAACAUGAUUACUCUGCUGAGCGUGAUUGACGAAGAAGAAUUUCUGGCCGACUUAUUCUGCAUGACCAGCUUCACGGUCGAUGACGGUGGCGCGUCAUGGGAUCCCAGAGCCUGGAAGAUUGGCAAAGACUUUUCAGCGAAAUGGGGCUAUCUCUUCUAUUGA